AUGAGGCGCUGCCCGUGCCGGGGGAACUUGAGCGAGGCGGAGGCCGGCGCACUGCCAGCCGAGGCCCGCAUGGGGCUGGAGGCGCUGCGAGGUGGGCGGCGGCGACAGCCGGGACUGCAGCGACCUGGGCCGGGAGUAGGUGGCCCGACGGGACGGCCGGAGGGGGGCGGUCCCCGGGCCUGGAUCGAGGGGUCCAGCCUGCACUCCGAGGCGGAGAGGACCGACCUCGGGCCUGCGCCGUGUCCGAACGGUCCACAGCCAGAAUCCUGUGGAGAUGGACACGCGGAGUGCGAAGCAGCUGGCCUAGGAGUUGCGUCGGAGAAGCCCAGCCAAAAUAAGGAGCUAGACGGGUCCGAUCUCCAGACACAUCCAAAAAGGAACAGCCCCCUGGCUGAGAUGGAGAUGGCCAGCUCCUGGACAGAUGGCUUUCGAACUGAUCUUCACAGAGCUGAUCGCCAGUCUCGGACAAAGAGAGCCAGCCUCUGUACCCAACCAGGGUUUGAUGAGUCCUGGCCCGAACUGGACAGAUCCGAGCUGUGGCAGACUCUGCCAGGGAGGAACAAGCCCUGGGUUGAUAACAUCCGGACCCACCAUGGCAUGUCCAAACCCCAAACUCACCCAGUCUGCCCCUCACCAGAACCAAGUGCUGAUACCUCCUGCAAAGAAUUGUCCGCGGAUGGUUCCGGGACACCACAUGACACCGACGGCUUCUGGACAGAGUCCCAAACUGAUGGCUCCCUUAUAGGACCUAGUACUCAGACAGCCUGCAGACAGCCUGGAAGUGAAGGUUUUUCAGCACAAGACACCGAGGGUGCCUUGAUUCAACCUGGCACUGAUGGCCCCUGGGCUGACAGCGUGUUGAGGGAGUCCAAUGGAGAUGAUCCAUUAGAUUUAUCAGAGCCUGGAGAGUUAGUGACGAACCUGUGUUCCCACCCGGAGUGCAGCAGCUCCCUGUGUCCUGUGCCCCGCCUUAUCAUCACCCCAGAGACUCCUGAGCCCGAGGCCCAGCCGGUGGGACCCCGAGCCCGGAUUGAGGGGGGCACUGGUGGCUUUUCUUCUGCCUCCUCUUUUGAUGAAUCUGAGGAUGACUUGGUGGCUGGGGGCGGAGGUACCAGCGAUCCUGAGGACAGAUCUGGAAGCAAGCCCUGGAAGAAGCUGAAGACAGUUCUGAAGUACUCGCCCUUCGUGGUCUCCUUCCAUAAGCACUACUACCCCUGGGUCCAGCUUUCCGGACAUGCUGGGAACUUCCAGGCCGGUGAGGAUGGUCGGAUUCUGAAACGUUUCUGUCAAUGUGAGCAGCGCAGCCUGGAGCUGCUGAUGGGAGACCCCCUGCGGCCUUUCGUGCCUGCUUAUUAUGGCAUGGUACAGCGGGAUGGCCAAGCCUUCAACCAGAUGGAGGAUCUCCUGGCAGACUUUGAGGGCCCCUCUAUCAUGGACUGCAAGAUGGGCAGCAGGACCUACCUGGAAGAGGAGCUGGUAAAGGCCCGGGAACGACCCAAGCCCCGGAAGGAUAUGUAUGAAAAGAUGGUGGCUGUGGAUCCUGGGGCUCCCACCCCAGAGGAGCAUGCUCAGGGCGCUGUCACGAAGCCCCGAUACAUGCAAUGGAGGGAGACCCUGAGUUCAACUUCCACCCUGGGCUUCCGGAUUGAAGGCAUCAAGAAGGCCGAUGGGACCUGCAACACCAACUUCAAAAAGACCCAGGCUCUGGAGCAGGUGACAAAGGUGUUGGAAGAUUUUGUGAAUGGGGACCUUGGAAUCCUAAGAAAGUACGUGGAGCGACUGGAAGACCUCCGAGAGACUCUGGAGAAUUCUCCCUUCUUCAUGACCCACGAGGUAGUGGGCAGCUCCCUUCUCUUUGUGCAUGACCACACCGGCAUGGCCAAGGUCUGGAUGAUUGACUUCGGCAAGACAGUGGCCCUGCCUGACCACCAGACGCUCAGUCACAGGCUGCCUUGGACUGAGGGCAACCGUGAGGAUGGCUACCUCUGGGGUCUGGACAAUUUGAUCUGCCUCCUUCAGGGGCUGGCCCAGAGCUGACGUCACCUGCCACUGUGAGGCUUGCUUGCAGGAUAGCGUGUGUCUGGCCAGAAGACCAUAAGAUGCUGUCCGGCCUGAGGCUGCUGAUGGAAGAUGAGGCGCUUCAGAGUGUCACCACAUCAGUGUGGGCUGAGGAGCGUGGGGGCCCUGGCAGCACUGGGCUCCCUACGAUGAUAUGAGAAACAAGACACGUGGGGGCAUAGAGUUAGCAGAACAUGAACGGGGUAUCCUGAGCAGCUGGGCAAGCUUCUAAGGGAGUAGCAGAGGCCACAGCUGAGGAGUGAACUCUUGCCUGAGUUAGCUCUUUGAGCCUAGAGCUAACAGGUUGGUUUGUUUCCCAGAGGACACUAUUUGUGAAGACCUGCAGGAGCUACUUGUCCCCCUGGGCCAGUGAGAGCCCCAUCCAAGUGCUGAGAGGAGGAUGGGACAUGCUGUGUCCUUGCUGAUGCUACCUGAGGCCUAAUGCUUCUGCAUGGGGCCUGCUUGCCUCGUCCCUGCCAGGAUGGGGAAGGAUCCCUUCUGCUCCUUUGUGGACUCCUGACCACAGCCGUAUCCAUCUGUGCCAGCACUGUGACCAUCUUCCUUCCUUGGUGCACCAGCUCCAGCCUCAGGACUUCCUCCUCCUGGCCCUGACACCCAGGCUCUUGUCCCAGCAGGGUCCGAUGUCAGGAAGGAGUCUUUGAGGCAGAGGAGGCUUCUCCUUGGGAACCAGACAGCCUUGCUUCAUUGUAUAAGUGCCCUGACCACACACAGAGUGAAGUGCCAGGUUGCCUAGAAGCACAAGUGGGUGGGGCUACUGGCCCUAACUAACCAUGGACUACCUGGUUCUAACCAAAGACUCUAGAACUCUGGGGUGGGGGAGAAACCACUCUAGCUCUGUGCUCCAGCACUGCUCCAGAGCCUUAGCUUCCUGGCCCAUAGGGUUGGGCUUGGCAAGGAUAGGAGCCUACCUCUUCUCUAAGCUGAAGCCCUGAGGUCUUCCAAGGCCGACGCGUCUUCCUUUUCUACUGACUGACUUUAUAUACAUAUAUAUUUAUAUACGAGGUAGUUAGCUGGGGUGGUGGUGUCAGGGAAUUGAGGCAAAAUGACUUUACUGUGCCCCCCGCCUACAGUAGCACCAUAAUAAACAGGACAAAAUCAG